GCCUGACCGGCGUUCCCCUCCUCCAAUUGCAGCAGAACAAAGAGGGGAGAAAUAAACAAUCCUGUCACUUGUGGUGGAGCCGAGUGCGUAGUCAGCUGAACCAGGCGGCCGUGAGAGGGGGGAGCACCGCAUUUGCAACACCAGCUCUCUAUUCAUCUAUCUAUCGGCCAGCCGGCUGCAUAACCCCUGCCUGCCUGCCUGCCUGCAGCGCUGCGCCUCGGCUUACGGGUAAGGGUUUGGCGGAUCCCGCUCGCUCUCUCGUCGCUGCCAGCCAUCCCCAUCAAGUCUGCUCUUUGCUUUCUGCCCGCCGCCUCUCGUUGCAAGCAAAUCCGUCCUCGCACCCCACCCCGUACACAUAUACCCCCCUCUCCUCCCCCUGCCGUCUUCGCUUGGUUUAAAACAAGACGGCACCCUCACUGCGGGAUGUUGCUGCUGCCGGAGCCGCAAUGUUGAAUGUUGGUUCGCGUUUGCAGAGGACAUCCUCGAUGGGAAGGUGAUUAACCCGGUGCCGCGAUACCAUCGCUGGUCUUCAAUUGCUUCGGGACAAGCUGUCGGAAUAUAUAUUUAUAUAUUGUCGCCAGUAAGUAAAAACUUUCAGUGCAUCUACCCGGAAACCGAGCAGCAAUGAGUUAAACAUCGGGGCAUGGUUGCAAUCCCGAGAGCAGAUUCCUCUCUGUGGCACGAUGCCAGUUCCCACUUGCUCUCUGCACUAUGUUCAAUUAUUCACCGCUUCAGAUGCGAGUUCCUUGUGUCAGAAAUGCCUCUCUCCAGCCAACGACUCUCCCACUUCUGCUGUGAAUCCUGAUCUACUCUGGCACACUCGCUGACCAGUUUGCAGAGUCUAGCCAUGUGGUUAAGCUGCCUCUUGGAGUUGCACCUGACCAGCGGAUACAACCGCAUAUUUUCCUGCCUCAGUGUUUUGAUUCUCCUGACUCUGUGUGGCCGCCAUCCUGUCAACGCGUCUGCUCUCAAUUGUCAGUCCGAGUGUAUCUGUGCCAGUAACAUCGUCAGCUGCUCUAAAAGGGAACUGGUCAACGUCCCUCACUCUCUCCCCAAAUACACAGCUGUCCUAGACCUCAGUUACAACAGCCUGACCCGCCUGAGAGCUGGAUGGACCACAGUGCACCUUGACAGGCUCCACACUCUGCUCCUCAGCCACAAUGGCCUGACAUUCACAUCUGAGGAAGCUUUCACCGAGGUACCGUGUCUGAAAUACCUUGACCUGUCCUCCAACAAGCUGAAGACUCUCGAAGAAUUUCACUUCCAGGGACUGGUAAAUCUGGAGGUCCUCCUGCUCUACAAUAAUCAGAUAUCUCAGAUCGACAGGACUGCCUUUGAAGGCCUGGACAGCCUUCAGAAGUUGUACCUGAGUCAGAAUCUGAUCACUCGAUUUCCACAGGAGUUAGUGGAGGCGAAUACCAGGUCACCCGUUCUGGAACUGUUAGAUGUGUCCAGUAAUAAGAUAAAGUCUCUUCCUGUCCACGAGUUCAAAGUUCUACCUGCAUCUGUCAAAAACGGACUGUACCUGCACAAUAAUCCCUUGAUCUGUGAUUGUAGUUUGUACGAAAUGGUCAUCCAGUGGCAUUCCCGCAGUUUCAAUUCUGCUGUGGAUUUCAGAAAUGAAUAUAAGUGCAUCCUUCCACUGAACCACAAGGUGUCGAUCAGGCUCUUCGACCUGCAAGAGGAGUACAUGAACUGCAGCACUAUUAUUGACUCGGUGCUGCUUGCCUACUUGGAGGGAACGCUGACGAUUCUUUGCGACACCAGACUGAGGGACAUGGUAAAAGUGUGGGUGACACCGGACAACGAGACCAUACAGGUCGGCCACAACAACCAAAGCAUCAAGAUGUUGCCCAAUGGCAAUCUGCAGCUUAGCAAUCUGCAGCCGGAAAAUUCCGGGACUUACACUUGCCUGGCCAGUGGUAACCAGUUCAACGAGACCAUACAUGUGCAGCUGAAGGUACGCAACAUUACGUCCAGUUUGGGGCACGAUUCUCUGAGCACAGCCUACACCACGUUGGUUGGGUGCAUUGCCAGCGUAGUGUUGGUCCUCAUCUACCUGUACCUCACCCCGUGUCGUUGCAGGUGCGGGAGCAACGCUGACAAGCAGCGGGAGCAACAGGAGGAAAGCAUCCAUUCAUCCAUGCUGAGCGCUAGUUCCAUCCACGACAUCUCUGUGGAUAAAGCCACCAUGGACCGACGCGUGGCGUUCAGCGAGCCGGGCAAGGAUGCGCAGGGGCAGAAUGGGAAACACAAGCCAAACGCCGUGGAAGAAUUUGAGGACAGGAGACUCCUAGCGGUGCCCAGAAAGAAAUCUGACUGCGGCUCUGUUGGCUCUGUGUCUUCCGACUCUCCCAUUGUCGUCUGAGGCAAUGGAUGAGAGCCAUGGUCUGCGCAGCAUGCACGGGCUGCAGGGUGAGUGGUGCCGAUGUGUAGCAUCCUAACCCCAGACUUCAUCAGCAAUCAACGGGCCACCCAUGCAACUCUCGAUUCAGCUAAAACAAUCUGCAGUAACGACGCCAAGCCUCAACAGGAGAAAGCAGACUGAAGGAACACAAUGGUAUCUUAAGUGUCCAAGAUAUUCUCUAUUUAUUUUUAGACUCCUGGUGACUAACCAUGUAUAGGCUUUGCAGCUUCCUAAGCUGCGAUCGAACCCAACCAACCUGCUCCAGCAGAGACUGGAUUGUCUGAAUCGAGCGGCUGACAUGACUAACCCUGCUGAGCCAGGAGGGCACUUCCACAGGUGAUGCAUGGAAUUCUAAAGAAAUGUUGGUGAAAACGGUGAGAAUAACAGAAAAAAACCCUGUAUUUGGCCCAAUGUGUGGAGCAUAAGGGAAAGAAUGAAAUGCAAACCUAGAAAUCUCGUCUGGUAUAGUGGUGGAGCAGUGUACAUCAGUAAAUGCAAACUAACAACAAGGGUGGAGUGUCCCAAACCAAUGGCCAGUUAAUACACCAGAGAAUCACCAAUCACUCUUGCCAGAGGCAGUUCAUAAUGUGUAGGAAGGAACUGCAGAGGCUGGUUUACCCUGACGCAAGAUUGAUGAAGGUAGACGCAAAGUGCUGGAGUAACUCAGCAGGACUGGAGAGUCUCUGGAGAGAAGGAAUGGGUGAUGUGAUGGGUUUGCAGCAUGCACCUGGGAACAAGCUUAUCCUGGGGUCAUUCUACCAAUGAUUGGCCUAAAGCAGUGGAUGGCAGGCCUGACGUGUCACACUGUGCAUUCAGCAUUCUCCCUCAUCUGGUUAAUCCUAAACUGAUGCAGCAAUGAAUAUUGGACAGAAUUGAAUUCAAAAUGAUACACCUCAAAACGCUUUCAAAAUGUACUGAGAAAGAAAGAGGAAAAAAACCCACUCACGUUGAUAAAGUUCAGCUCCGUGAUCUAUGGUAUUAUUAGUGUGUCAGCUCAUCUGCGAAUUUUGGAUUGCCAGUAUGAAUCGUGAUACUUGGUUUACCACCCUUUGGACUAGAGUGGAAUAACAAGUCAGUCUUGUCUUGACAUUUUCUUCUGAACUAGUCGGACUUGUGUUCUAUCAUGACUAGCCUGGUGAAACUAUUUAAAAUAUUGUAUGGCAACAUUAACCAGCACCUACGGAACUGCUGCAUAGUGAAAAAUAGCAGAGCAGAGAAAAUAAUACAAUGGUCUAAUUUAAUGCAUGCCUGACAGUCAACAAAACCCAGUGAUUGAGAGAUAGGGACUAGCUAAUAAUUUAAAAAAGAAAGAACUCUUGCAUAUAUAUUGUGUAGGAAGGAACUGCGGAUGCUGGUUGAAACUAAAGAUAUACACAAAAAGCUGGAGUAACUCAGAAGAAGGGUUUCAACCUGAAAUAUCACCCAUUCCUUCGCUCCAGAGAUGCUGCCCAGCCCGCUGAGUUACUCCAGCUUUUUGUGUCUAUCUUCUGCAUACAUAUUGCACCUUUCAUGACCUCAGGAUGCCCCCAAAGCACUUCGCAACCAAUGAAGUACUUUUUUAGAAGUAUUGUCACUGUGGUAAAUCAGAAAGCAGAUGGAUUGAUGCAAUAACAGGUUAAUCGCAAAUAAUCCUUGUCUCAGUGUUAUGUGUUACGUUUUACACUGUGUUACUCCAACUGUCCAACACAAACACUGCAGUACAUGAAUAAUUACACACCUCUCUGCAGCAUGCAGUGAAGCAGUGUCACCCUUAGCUUAUCUCUAAUACACUUAACAUCUCACUGGUUUGUCACCAAUUCCCAUACACUGGGUCGUAGAGUAUAAGAAUUACACAAACAAACGUCUAUAUAAGUAAAAUCUAAUUAGUCUGAGGUUAAAAACAAGCACUGCAUGUAGGCUUGUGAAAGGGGUGGACUGCAUGGAUCUGCUUGAAGAUGCCAAUAUUUAUUUCAAAAAUAAUGAUCUGUUUUGUGUUGUCUGUAAUCACAUGUAGUCUGUUUCAGGGCAACAAUACAAGCAAGGAACUUAGACAGUCACAUGUCGCUUGUGUCUUGUAAUUUGUACCCAGUUUUCUGUUAAGUGCCUUGAUACUUUUUCAUGUCCUUGCUAUUUCAUAAAAUCCAGUAAGAUAAAGAAUGUGAUGGGUUUUUGAUAAGAGAUAGCAAAACAAGUAGAAAGAAGGGAAAUAAGUGAUAGUUUAAGAUGAUAACAGGUUAAGAUAAGUAGGGUUAGUCUGUGUGAGUUUGGAGUGGUGGGAGGUUGCGACGCAAUUAAUCAUCUUAAUUUACCCGACACACCAAUGCUAUAGUGUUGGAAAUAUUGCUCUUCCUUUAAAACACAUCUUGUAAGUUUUCUGUCCAUUGAAAUUCAAUGCAAGUCUUCAACUUCAUAACCAGAUGAUGUUGAUUAGAACUAUGGGUGCUUGAGUAUCCUGGGAAGGGUUAAAAAUAUAAAAUAUAAUAUAAUUGAGAAGAUGAGUGUGCUCGUGUGUCAGAUGACGUAGAGCUCGCUGUCGGAUUCUGUCGUCGUCCGACAUGUUGACAGAAUUAGUCGCCCGCCGCGUCACACAGAGUGCAUAGUUUCAUCGUUUCCGGGGAUCGCCACGAGGAGGCUUCUGUCAUGAUCCCCAUUAAGAAGAUAAAAGUACAUGUAUAAUGUUGAAGAUAUGAUUAUCGUAAAAGUGUAAAGAGAAGAAAACAUUCUCAGGCUGCUGUUAUCUCCCAAGAUCUCCCUGUGAUAGUUUAGAUUAGAGACACAGCAUGGAAACAGGCCCUUAGGCCCACUGGGGCCAUGCUAACCAUCGAUCACACUAGUUCUAAUCCCACUUUUGCAUCCACUCACUAUAUACUAUGGUCAAUUUACAGAGGCCUAUUAAUCUUCAACCCCACACGUCUUUAAGCUGUGGGUGGAAACUGGAGCUUGCUGAGGAAACCUAUGCAGUCACAGAGAGAACGUGCAAACUCCACACGGGCAGCAUCUGAGGUUGGGAUCGAUCCUGGGUAUCUGGGGCUCAGUGAGGCAGCACCCACUGUCUUUGAUCUUUGAUGUAAAACCAGAAAAUGCUGGAAAUGCUCAGCAGAUCAAGCAGCUUUUGUGAAAAGAGAAACAAAGUGAAUGUUCUGUUUCUAUUUCAGAUUUGUAGAAUUGGCAGUGUUUUAUUCCAAUUCAGGGUCAUCUUUGAAUUGGAUUCUGCAUAUACUCUUAUGCAAAAUUAACUAUUAGUUAUAUUUUUGUAAAGCAUGCAGUGCUGGAUAUGCUGCUAGCUACAUUAUAAGAAAGGAAAAAUACAGUUAUAAUGUAGCCCCAGAUUGUAAAAAUCAUGAUCCUAGAUUUAGCAAUGUGAUAAUGGCAAGGUGAUUUGUGUUUGGGGGAUGGUUGGCUGUGAGAUUAUUAUUAGCCAGGCUGCAAGGGAGACCUCGCCUGCUAUUCUUGGAAUUUGUGCCAUGGGGACUUUACCACCACCUGAAAGAACAGAGAGGGCCUUGGAUUAAUGUCUUCUGAAAGACAACACCAGCCCUAGUACAGCACUGGGAAGAUCAGACCGGAUAAUGUGCUCGAGUUGGAGUAGAAGUCUUUUCUGGCUGCAGUAUAAUUGCAGAUUUCAAAGUACUUUUGUCUUCGCACGCUGUUGAAAGGUCUGCACUUACCCUGAACACAGAGAUUAAUGUAGGACUGGCAAUGUAGCAGCGAUCCAUCCAUUCCAAUUUGCUCCAAACUGACUCAGCCGUGUGCCUGUUUGUGAACUCAAUGAUGUUUUUAACGGUGAAUGUUGUUAUUCAAUGUAUCAGGCAAAGGAAACAUGAUUUGUCUUGCUGGCUUUUGUCAAGUGUCUUGUAAGCAGAGUGGAGGAGACUGUCCUCUGCAGCUGUGAUCUAUGUCCUCCUCAUUGUCACAUUUGAACAAUGUAUUGUGAUUUUAGUAAUAAUAAUUUAUUAUAUUGUGUCUCUUCAAACUCACCUAAGUGUGUGCACAGAGUCUAGAGGAUAAUCUCCACCAGCUCGCAUCCUGCCCUCCAACAUUAAACAGCGCUAGUGUUUUAUUCUCAGUCCCUCUUGGUAAUAGAAGCCUUUGGUUGACAAUGGACAUGACCCAGUAUUUCCAUGGCUGAAAUACAUUUGACCAAUUUCAGGGUUUAGUAGGAUUUCUUGCUGAUUAUUCUUGAUCUUGCGUUCAGGAGGACUAAUCUGGUCAUAACGCACUAACUGCCCGCACUCCCACCUACCUACUGACAGUCGGGUCAUUACCCUGGGCAGGAGAUUACGAUGAUGUGCUCUCAUUGUAAUCCCCUGACCGCGGAAAUGAUCCAUCAGAUAAAGGACAUUGCCAAAUCCAGCACAAAUUAUACUCUUCGAACCAUUAAUGUUGUUGUCAAAACUUUUGGUUUGCUACUUUCAGCAGUUUUAAUUUGUACAUUGAUGUAUUGUUAAUUUGUGAAUUACCUAUGAAUAAUUUCACCGACAGAUUUGUGUGUAGAGCUGAAUUAAAGACACAUGGAACAUAAAGAAAACUUAA